AUGGAGAAUUGUGCUACUGCAAGUGGAGAAAGUGGAGACCCCAACAUCUUGUUUGAUCAAUUUGUGAAUGCAGGAACAUGCAAGUCUAUCUUGCACACAUUCCAGCUGCUCUGUGAUUCUUUGGAUAUCAAACAAACUGACCACAGACAUUUUUACAGGAGGCUCAAAUUGAAACUUACUUCAUGGAAAGCACAAUCUUUGUGGGCCAAGUUGGACAAACGAGCCAAUCACAAAGAAUACAAAAAAGGGGAAGCAUGCCCAAAUACCAAGGUGCUUAUUAUUGGUUCUGGCCCAUGUGGAUUAAGAACAGCUAUUGAAGUUGCUUUGUUGGGAGGUAAAGCAGUAGUAGUGGAAAAACGAGACAGAUUUUCUCGUAAUAAUGUCUUGCAUCUUUGGCCAUUUCUCAUCACUGAUUUAAAAAAUCUUGGUGCAAAGAAAUUCUUUGGCAAAUUUUGUGCUGGUUCCAUUGAACAUAUAAGUAUUCGUCAAUUACAGUGUAUUCUUUUAAAAGCUGCUCUGAUAUUUGGUGUUGAGGUCCACAACAAUGUUACAUUUAAAAAUCUUAUUGAACCACCAGAGGACCAAAGUAAAGAAAAAAUUGGUUGGCGUGCAUUAAUUUUCCCACAGGAUCAUCCAGUAUCUGAGUAUCAGUUUGAUGUUAUUAUUGGUGCUGAUGGCAAGAGAAACACACUUAAAGGAUUUCAAAGGAAAGAAUUCCGAGGAAAGCUUGCCAUUGCUGUGACGGCAAAUUUCAUCAAUCGCAAUACAGAGGCUGAAGCUAGAGUGGAAGAAAUCAGUGGCGUUGCAUUCAUUUAUAAUCAAAAGUUCUUUCAUCAACUUAAAGAAAAGACUGGCAUAGAUUUAGAAAACAUUGUGUACUACAAAGAUGCAACCCACUAUUUUGUUAUGACAGCUAAAAAGCAAAGUCUUUUAGAUAAAGGAGUUUUAAAACAUGAUUAUGCUGAUACUGUUGCCCUAUUAUCCCGUUCAAAUGUUGACCAAGAGGCUUUAUUGUCAUUUGCCAGAGAAGCAGCCGAUUUUUCCACCAACCAUCAGCUUCCACACAUGGACUAUGCAAUGAACCAUUAUGGGCAGGCUGAUGUAGCCAUGUUUGAUUUCACUUCCCUCUUUCAAGCUGAAAAUGCUUGUCGAGUCAUUUCCAAACGUGGACAGAAAUUGUUAAUGGCCCUAGUUGGUGACAGUUUGCUAGAGCCAUUUUGGCCAACAGGAUCUGGCUGUGCUCGUGGUUUUCUCGGUGCUCUUGAUUCAGCAUGGAUGAUUCGCAGUUGGGCUUCUGGCAAAAUGACUCCUCUUCAAGUGAUUGCUGAACGAGAAAGUAUCUACCGGUUACUGUCACAGACAAAACCAGAAAACAUCAGCAAAAAUUAUCAGUUGCAUACUAUUGAUCCAAACACUAGGUAUCCCAACUUAAAUUCAAAAUUCUUUAGACAUGAACAAGUUCGUCCAUUGUAUGAAUGUGAUGAGGAUGAUGCUUACAGAGAUGAGAUAAUGGAAAUUCCACUUAAAAAGCCUCGAAAUGAUGAUUUCAUUGACAGCUACACUUUGCUGCGAUGGUGUCAGCGUGUGCUUAAUACUGGCAAGCACUCCAAUGUAAAUAUUGUAGAUUUUACUUCCUCUUGGAAGUCUGGUUUGGCACUAUGUGCCCUUUUAAAUACAUUCAGACCUGAUCUCAUUGAUUUUGAUAGUCUCAAUGAAACUGAGGUUGUGAAGAACAAUCAACUGGCUUUUGAUUUAGCUGAAAAAGAACUGGGUAUUUCUCCUGUGAUGACCGGUAAAGAUAUGGCUGAAUGUGAAGUACCUGACAAGUUGACUAUGGUCUCUUAUCUCUCACAAUUUUAUGUAGCUUUCAAAAAAGAAAAACAUCCAAAGUUAGAAAAUAUAGCCCUAACACCUGAAGAAGGACCCAAGCCGUAUAGAUCUCCAUCUCAUCGUUUGUCAAUUCUGCAAAAAAUAAGCAACCGCUUUUCCAGGCAUAAGAGAAUAGGUCGAACGGAGGAGGAAAGCUUGACCUUUGGAAAUCGACACACCAGUGAACUAAAAGAGCAGACACCUGUUGAAUUGAAAAGCUUCUCAAAACUACCAAUUGGUGAGAUCAGCAGCAGAUUAAAUUCUAACUGGCGAUUUGAAGAUCUGAAAAAAGACAAAAGGGAAGUUCAGAGUAAAGUAAAUGUGAGUGCAAUGGCUGAGAUUCUUGCAUCAAAAUUCAAAGCAGAUUUUCAGCCACUGCCUCCUCCAGUUAAACGAAUUAAAUCCACACCUACCUUAGCAGCUGCUCAACCAGCCAGUGAAUUCUGUUACUUUUGUAAGCGAAGAGUUUAUAUCAUGGAACGUAUGAGUGCUGAGGGGCUGUUCUUUCAUCGUGGUUGUUUGCGCUGUGAUCACUGUAAAACUAACCUAAGAUUGAGCAAUUAUUCAUGUCAUCGAACUCCAACUGGAGAGGCAAAAUUCUACUGUUUCCGACAUGUUGGAAUGAAGAGACCAAAAAGGAAACACAGUUUAACAGAAGAAAAUGAUAAGGUAGAUGCAAUUCCAGAGACAGUGGUUGCGAAAAAUCCUACUCCAGUUGAGUCAACUCAACCCAGUCCACAAACACCUCCUUUGCAAAAGAAGGCCACUACUACAAUUAAAGUAAAAGAAGAGGCUCAAAAUGGUUUGAAGAAUACCCCAGAAAGGGUAGAAUUUGAAAAUGCCACUGGUGGUGUGCCUGAAGAUUCAGAAGAACUUCAAACUUUACAUAAUUUAAGUGCGUCUAUGUCAGAAGAGAAUUUGAAUGAAGAGGAUGAAGAUUCUGAAUCCAGUGAAUCUGAGACCAGUGAAGAUGAUGCUGAUGUUGAAGACUUGGACGAUGAUGCAAGUCGGGUAUUAACCUGGGAAGAAGCAUGCUUUUUAGCUGAGACAUUUCAAGAACGAAACGCAAGAGAAAACAUUCUUAGCAAGCUAGCUGAUAAACGCAGACUUCAAUAUGAAGACACAGAUAGCACAGAAGAAUCUAGUGAAGAUGAAACUGAAACAGAAAAGGGAUCCUCAUCCGAUGAUGCAGAUGACACAAUGAAAGAUCAAACCCCUCCUGACACUGAAAAUAAAGUCCUACUAGAUGAAUUGGCUGAUGGUAGAGAGCAGUCACUGUCCAGCUUAAAACCCAUUUCUAAGGUCGAACCUCUUUCCCCACUCCGUUCUCCAACUAGUCCUGCUAGUCUUAUGGAAGCAAGAGCCAAAUUCUUUGCCUCACCUCCUGAGCCAGUUCGACUUGAUGCAAAACUUCUCUUUGGAAUUGGUAAAACAAAUAAAGAUGAUGAAAAGAAGUCAAAACCUGUGAUGACUGUAACAGCUGGGUUUGCACCAGUAUCAGAUUUAAAUAAUGUCCAACCAUCAGAAACAGGAGAACCACCAGCACCCAAAUUUUCACCUUUGUUUAUUAAAAAGGAUAAAAUGGAACUGCAAGAAAAAAUCAUCAAUAUACCACAGUCCUCAAUAGAUAAUGAAGAUGAUGGCAUAGAUGACAGUUUAUCUGAAGAAUCUGAGGAAAGUGAAACAGAAACACUUGAAGAAGGGGAUUCUGAUGGCGCAGAUACCAACAAGGAAAUUGCAGAAUUGGAAGAUGAAAAUGAUGAUGAACAAUUAGCAGUAAGUCAGGCCAUGGAACAUGUUUUAAGCAACCUGGAAGAGAAAUCAGCAAGUAGUGAUGAGGAAAAACCAACCAUACGAACAUGGGGAGUUGCUGAAGAAGAUGAAGUUUUUGCAAAGGAAGAAAUGACAGAAAAAGUAAUUGUUGAUGAAGAAAUCCAGUCUGCAGAUGUGAAAACAAUGGAAAUUGAGAAUGAUUUAGAAGAAGAACUACAGCAAUUGGAGCCCUCAAGUGAAGAAGAAUCAAAAAGCACAGAGACAACAAACACUGAAAAAGCUGUUCUUAGAAGUGUAUCUGCUAUGUCUGAUGAUACAAUUGUGGACUCAGAAGAUAGUACAUUGCAAUCAGUCCUUCGGAGUCUGGAGAGAAUGGAUGAACCAUCCACUCCAGUUUUAGAAAAUGAGCCCUGGAAUAAUAUUGAUGAUAAAUUUGUUACAAAACGAGAGAAAAAGAAGAAAAAGAAAGGUGCAGCUGCUGCUGCCAUUCCUGAAGAUGAGGGUUCAGGAUCUGAGUCCAGUUUUACUCUGUCCACCCCAAGUCACUCUAUCCACUCCUCCUUAAGCUCUUUAAAUGAAGCUUUGCAAUACAAUAAACAGGUUUUGGUAGAGACCACAACUAAUGCAUCGGAUGAUGAAUUACUUAGUGAAUUUAAAGAGGAAAUCAAGAACAGGCUUAAUGAAGAAGACAAAAUAGACACUGUGGAAAUAGCAGAAGUUCUACCUAAAGAUUCUGAUUCCAUAGAUGAAGUUGCUGUUGAAGCAAUAGAAGCUGUAGAAAAUAUAGAACCAAAAGAACAAACAGAAAUUAUAGAAAUAAAAAAACAGAAAAGGCUCCCUGAAAAGCCAGUUGAUCUAAAGUUAAAAGGACCUUCAGUAGAAAUGAAUUGGGUGCAAGAUGAAGAUAAUAAAGAAAAUAUUAAGAAAUCUAAAGAAGAAAUGCCAUUUGAAACAUCUGAUAAUGUUACUUCUGUACCAACUAAAAUAACUGAGAAACAGCCACUGCCUUUUAUCCCUGUUGCACCAAAAGAAAGUCCACGUAAAGAACCAGUGAAAAGUAAAAAUCCUGAUUUUGUGGUAAAAAGGAGCCAGCCUAUCAGUAUUGUAAAUAAAAAGCCGUUGCUAGUUGAUAUAGCUGACCGACAUCCGCUGUUUGCCAGUAAGAAACCACUUGAUCACAAAGUAGAGAACUCACUUCCUGAAUAUCCUGAGCUUGCUAAAUCAGCACCAGAAAUGAAAAUGAAAAUACCCGUUCCAAUCAAACCACCUCGAACAGGAACAUCAAUGCAUAAUGAUGAUCGCAAACGUCCCCUUUCGGAUGCAAGUCUGGAUAAGCAAACUAGUUUUGUAGAAAAAUUAUUGCCUAGUGAUUCAUCAGAAAGCAGACCAAUUAAUAGAGCUCGUUCUCUUCCUCGGAAUACUAUGACAGACAAAUAUCGUCCCAUAUCUCUUACUGAUAUAAAUAUAGAAGUGCCAAAAAAGCCAGAUACAUUAUGGGAAAAAAAAGAUGACACGAGAACUAAUGAUAAAUGGCAAUAUCAAAUUAGCUCUUCUGCUCCCACAAGGGGUUUUGAUAUGACAGUGGUAAGCAAACAACUUUCAGAUAUAGAGCUCAGUAAAAGAUAUAGCAAUUCUAAAAGUCUGGACAGAAGCUAUUAUAUAACAGCUGGCAGCAAAGAAUCAUCCCCUGCACCUAAAGCCACACCUGAUUGUAGUCCAACUGAUUUAGCCCCAGAAUUAAAGCCUCAGCGCAAAUUACCUGAAAUCAAUGAAUUUAAAAGAACUCUGCCUCCUCUAAAACCAUUUGGUGUCACUCCAACUUCUCGUGUUCCUAUAAAGCCUAAAUCCCCAGUUAACAUUCCUGCAAAAACUUCUGAAAAGAAAGAAGACACUAAAACUAGUAAAGAAUCAUUUUUAUCUAAGUUCAAUUCUGUGGUUGAUAAAAAUAACAAACCUACAACUUCUAAUGUGUCUUCAACUGAGGAAGGUGUUGGGAGAAGGCGAAAAAUCCCAGUUGAUGCAAGCCUGAAAAAAUCUCAGAAUGAAAAUUACUUUGAGAGACAAGUAAGUGUUGUUGAAAAUAUUGAUGACAUUCCAUUUGCUGAUGAAAGUGACAGUGAUGCUCUUACAACUGUUAGCAUCAGUUCAGUAGAACAAUUCCCUGGUCUAUGGAUAAAGCCAAGACCAGUUCGAAAAGUGUCACAUCCUGCAUUUAAGCGCCGAAUACUUCCUGCCACGCCAAAAUCUGAUGAUAAGCAAGGAUCUGAUAGUUCUGGUAAAUCCAGUGACACUAAAAAGAAAGAGAAAGCUAUUUCUCUUACAAAAAUGAUCCCCAGCUCUAAAAGAGAUAGUUAUAAUCAGGAUAUCCCAGCAUCAGUGUUGUCGUCUACUCCUUAUACCACUUCUCCUUUCUGGAAAACUAACCCUACACCCAAAACUCCCAUUCAGAGUGCCACAACAGAGGUUACUCCUAUGAAAUUACAAACUCCUGCUUCUAAUCAGUCAGUAAGCAUUAAAGCACCCAGUCCUACCCCAAAAACUUUCCUCUCUUGGACUCCAUCUGGAAGUAGCAAAAAAGGUGACAAAUCUAAAGAAGGCACUCAAUCUGAAGGUUCUUCAACUGCAUCCACUCCCAAAAAAGAAAAGAAACGAUCUUUAUUAUCUAUGUUUCUUCCUGGUAAAUCGCGGAACAAGAGCACAACUAGCAGCGGCUCUGAGAGUUCAGAUAAGCAAAAGACUCCUACUAGUAGCAAAGAAAAGAAAUUAGUAUCAAAACCUGGAAAGGUGUCAAAUGAUAAAAAAGAAAAGUUUACAAAGCAACCUGAACCGAAUGAUGUGGACUUAGACCUAAGUAAAGACAUGAAAGAUCUUACUAUCAAAUCUAUAUUCCAUGUUAAAGAUCGGCCCAAUGCCAUUGCCACUGCUGAUCAAAAACGAUUAAUUCUAGAAAGUGGAUACAGAACAAUUAUUCCACCAAGAGCUGAUGAUGAGUUCUCUGAUUCAGGUGAGAGUUUCUUGUCCACUGAUACUUCCGUUUCAAGGAGAUCCAAGCUGAGUGAUCCCAAAAAGAUUGCACAAGCUGCUCGUAGACAGCAAAAACGUCAACAACAACAACGUCUUCGUAGAGCUCAAGAAAUUCAGAGACGUUUAGAAGAAAUAGAUGUGAAGCAAAAAGAAUUGGAAGAAAGAGGUGUUUUGGUGGAAAAAGCAUUGCGAGGAGAAGGCAUUGGAAAAGGAAUCAGCCAGGUUUCAACACUCAUCAGAGGACAACGAAAAGCUGGACGUAAUGAGGGAGAACUCAUGCAAGAAUGGUUCAAUUUGGUUCAUGAAAAGAAUGUUCUACUUCGUUAUGAAUCUGAGCUAAUGGUGCAGGCAAAAGAAUUGGAAUUGGAAGAUAGACAAGCACGUCUUGAAACAGAACUUAGAAAUAAAAUGUCUUCUGAUGAUGAAACUAAUAAAACCCAGGAACAGAUUGAUGAUGAGAAACGAAUUCUUGCUGAACUGCUCGAGGUUGUAGAGGAACGUGAUGCAUUGGUGUCAAUGCUGGAGGAGGACCGGCUCAGAGAGCAAGAAGAAGACAGAGACUUAGAAGGCAUCUUGCAUACUAAGGGUUUUGAACUUUCUUCAUUGAGCUGUAUUCGUCCUCUCAAAGAUCCUUCAAGUGUCACCAUUACAUCUUGA